CUCCCAAGUCGUGUUGAUCCUCUUCCGCAGGUGCCCAUUUCUCGACUUCAACUCUUCUCAUUCAGCCAUGCUCACCCUCGCCCCACUUGCGCUUUUGCUUCCUCUUGUGAAGGCUGUUGACUGCACGCCCCACGUGAACACUGUCUCGUGCUCUGCCAACGCAAAGGGCGCCGACCCCUGCUGCGUCCCUGCUGCUGGGCGCUUCGUCUUUCGACAGCGCUUUGAGCCCGAUGCCGACGACUCUGGAUCGUGGCAGAUUGAGGGGCUCGAUGUACUUGAAUGUGACGGCUCACCAGCCACCCGCGGGGGACCCAAGCGUAUACAUGAGGAGAUCGGUAGCCUCUGUGCGCGCACCAAAGGCUUCGACGUCGAGGAGAAUGAAGGCGCAUGGGCGGCCUCCGAGGUCGGAGAGGGUGUCGAGGAGGUGUGGGAGCGAACAUGGAACACGGCAGGGCGCUUUGUGACCUCCUUCUGCGAAGGGAACCCGGACGUGCCCCGCUUCUUCGAAGAACUUCUGAGCCUGCACAAGCGCAUGAAGAUUGGAGCAGCACUUGAACACGCUGACAUCGUGCCCUCCGCCGAUACCAUGUAUCGUCUCGCGGACAUUGAGUCCGCCCUCACUCCCUACGGCACGCCUAUCCUCAUCUGUAACAACGUAACCCUUACGCACGUGUACUGGCCGUUGCACGCGCGUGGCAACCUCGCUGGGUGGGUGGCAGCCGAACCCGGGAGCCUCAAGUCGACCUGCCCUGGAGAAGGCAUCGUUUACCCGCCUGCGACAGUCGUGCUGCCAACCUCAUCGUCUUGGGACCCGAUCUAUCGCCCAUCGAUGCGGCCAAUUACGCUGAGCCACGAUGAGGCAAAGCGUGUCAAGUACGAAGAACCGGGGAAUCCAUCAAAGAAGAAGCUCGGCUUUUUCAAGUACCACGACGCGCGCCGCGCCGACGAGGAGGGUGGAAACCAUCGCGACGAGCUGUAAGUACAGGAAGGUAGAAGUCAUACAGCAUAGAAACAUGUCAGCAGUACGUAUACAUUUUG